AUGUCUGAAGAAACUGAAAAAAAUUUUGUUCUUGAAGAAGAUGAUUUGAAUAUAACUUCAACUCAUCAUGAAUUAAAUAAUAAUCUUGCUGCUGCUCCUGCUGGUGAUAAUGAUGAUAUUACAACAAAAACUCAAGAUAAUCAAUGGAUUGAUGAAUUACGUGUAGCACUUGAACGUGGUUGUGAUUUAGGAUCAAUUCGUAAUAUUGGCAAAAGUCGUCCACUUCCGGAUGAUUUAAGACUACAUGUUUGGAAAAUAUGUCUUGAUAUUAAUGAAGCCAAUGAUGAAUAUGAAUACAGUGAUAGUAAUACAUGUGAUUCACCUCAACAAAAUAUAAUACGUGAUGAUGUUUCACGUUUACUACAUUCAUUAGAGAUAAGUGAAGAUUUGUUUACAACGAAAGUCAAUGAUAUUGAAGCUGUUAUUACUUAUUAUUGUAAAAAAUAUAAUGAAACAUAUGAAAAAGGAAAUGGAUGGAUUGAAAUCUUUAAACCACUUUUAACUCUUCAGUAUAAAGAUCGAUCUGAACUCUAUGCAUUAUUUGCUAGUAUUCGUAAUCGUUAUAUUCCUCGUGAUUGCGAAGCUGAUGGAGUACCGUAUCAUUUAUUUCGAUUAUUAUUACUUUAUCAUGAUCCUGAAUUAUGUAGUUUUUUUGAUACAAGAAAAAUUACGUCAGAUUUAUAUGCACAUAUAUGGAUUCGAAGUUUAUAUGCUGGUUCGUGUUCAUUAAACAUUAUUUUACCACUUUGGGAUGGGUAUUUUCAACAUGCUGAUCAAUUUUUUGCAUUCUUUCUUGCCUUAGUUUUACUUAUGUUUGCCAAAGAAAAAUUAUUAGAAAUGGCUGAUAACAGUAAACGUGAGAUUAUUGAUUUUCUAUCUAAAGCUCCAACAAAUCUAACGAUUGAUGAUCUUGAUGAUUUUUGUUCAUUGGCUAUUCAUUAUGCUUCAAAUACACCUCAAUCAUUUCGAAAAGAAUUUUAUUCAUGUUUAUUCAAUGAAACAGAUCGAACAUUUUCUCAAAAAGCUUAUUCAAUCUAUCAAGCCUUAUGUUUACCUAUCUCAGUGCAAGAAUUACUUCAAGCUAAUCAAUUAGGCGGAACGGCAGGUGUCAGAUACUUUGUUGUUGAUUGCCGUCCAGCUGAGCAAUAUAAUUCCAAACAUCUUUGUACAGCAUUUCAUCUCGAUGCAAAUCUUUUACUUGAAGAUCCGAAAGAAUUUGCUGGAACUGUUGAUGCUCUUUUUGCUACACAACAAAAUGCAAUUGAUGCUGGUUCAGCAGCAGGUGGUGAACAUCUAUGUUUUAUAGGUUCAGGUCAUAAUGAAGAAGAUAAAUAUGUACGUAUGGUUGUUGCUUAUUUUCUUCAAAGAAAUACAAAAUAUGUCGGUAUUGCGUCUGGUGGUUAUAAAAUUCUUGUUACUGCAGUCGAAGAUCCAACAAUGUUAACUCAAGCGCAUCAGCAAACAAUACGAACAUCAAUACAUGAUUCACCAACUAUUGGAUCAACACUCAAACAAAAUCUUGCUGAUAAAAUACCUGCCAUUAAUACACAAACAGCUUCUUUAAUAAAUAUGAUUUCAAAUGCAGUUAAAAGUAAAUCUAUGGAAGUAAAAGAUAAAGUUAAAGAUUAUAUAUCACAUACAUCUUCACCUGAUUCAUCUAAUUCACAACCUAGACAUGUUAGUAAACAAGAUAAAAUCGAUAGACUCUAUCGACAAAAUCAAACAUCAGUAUUUUCACUUGAUGGAGAUGAUGAUGAUGAAACAAUAUCAUCUCAACAACGAGAUUCAGAACUUGUUGAUAUCGAAUCAUGGUUUCUUCGUAGUGAUCUUUUAUAUAAAUAUGAAUGUGAACAUUAUGAUGAAAAUGAUAAAACUCAUCCAAGUCUUUUGUUGGCAUCAUCAACACAUUUAUAUAUAUUAAGAAAAUUACCUGAACAUAAAACUAUGGCUAAUCUUGUUGCACGUCGUCAAUUGAAUACAAUAACAAAAAUUACAAGUAAAAAAAAUGUUCCGGAAAUUAUUACAUUCCGUUAUGCAAUAAGUGAAGAACAAGAUGAUGAACAAGAAAAAGCAAUAAAAUUCAAUACAAAAAAUACCAAAAUAAAAAUUCCAGUUGAUUGUGAUAAAGUUUAUUUACCUGAUGCAGGUGAUGCAACAAAAAAUAUCAAAGUAUUAAUUAUGAAAGCAUUACAUAUGUAUGAAAAUACGAAUGAAACUGUAUCGAAUUGA